AUGACUAAUCCAGAGGAUAUCCCUAGCAGGAUCGAGGGCAAGAAUGUAGCAAGACUUGUGUGUUGUUUCCUUGGAGUAGGGUCUCUCGUGGCAUGGAAUGCGAUGCUGACCAUCACUGAUUACUAUUAUCAACUUUUCCCAAAAUACCAUCCAUCGAGGGUGCUGACAAUAGUUUACCAAUUGGUUGCGAAUGUGUUUAUAAUAACACUUGCUACUAAAGAAGCUAAGCUCAAUACUCGACUUCGUAACAUUUUUGGGUAUAGCCUUUAUACCGCUGGUACCUUUUGUCUCAUCAUUUUGGAUCUUGCUUCACAUGGCAGUGGAAGCGUAGUAGCAUAUGUGUUGUUAUGUUUGAUCGUUGCUCUUUUCGGUCUCGCUGAUGCUUUUGUACAAGGUGCAAUGGUUGGAGAUUUAUCCUUCAUGUCCCCCGACUUCAUCCAGGCGUUCAUGGCCGGUUUAGGCAUAGCUGGAGCUCUAACCUCGGUAUUAAGGCUUAUUACUAAAGCAAUCUUCGACAAUUCGCCUGAUGGUCUUCGAAAAGGCGCUUUGUUGUUCAUAGGAAUAGCGACAUUGAUCGAGUUAGCCUGUGUCUUUCUAUAUACACUAGUCUUUGCUAAGCUCCCUAUCGUGAAGUACUACCGCGCAAAAGCUGGGAAAGAAGGGGCCAAAACUGUUUCAGCGGAUCUUGCCGCAGCUGGCCUCCAAGAGCAAGCUGAACAGGUUCACCAAAUGGAUGAGUCCAAGAUCCAAAAACUAACCAAGAAGCAGUUACUACGGGAAAACAUAGAUCUUGGAAUCAAUCUUUCCUUGAUUUACGUGGUGACGCUAUCGAUUUUCCCGGGGUUUCUUUACGAGAACACAGGAGAACAUAGAUUGGGCGAUUGGUAUGCACCGGUUCUAGUAGCCAUGUACAACGGGUGGGAUGCGAUAUCGAGGUUCAUUCCCUCGAUCAAACCGUUAGCAAUGGAGUCUAGGAAAUGGAUCACGGUCUGCGUUGUGGCACGUCUUUUGCUCGUUCCGGCCUUUUACUUUACUGCUAAAUACGCAGAUCAAGGAUGGAUGCUUUUCCUCACCUCUUUCUUGGGAUUGAGUAACGGUUAUUUAACCGUUUGUAUCUUCAGCACUGCACCAAAGGGCUACAAUGGACCGGAAGCAAAUGCAUUAGGGAAUUUGAUGUGUGUGUUUCUAUUGGGAGGGAUCUUCGCUGGAGUUUGUUUGGGUUGGCUUUGGCUCAUUGGCAACGAUUCGUUUUAGAGAUCAUAUAACUAUUUUCUUUUUUUUUUGCUGCCA